AUGCCUACUUUUCCAUUAUCUUCUCCUAUAAGAGAGGAAAUUCCCACUCCAUUUGAAUCCCCCAAAAGCUCGCAUUUGGCUCAAUCAGACCAAGCCAACCCCUUCGAAUCGACCGAAGACAAUUUCUGCGAAGGAGUAUUUCUGGAUAGCAGCUAUGCGGGCCAUAAUGUUGGUCGAACGGACGAUCUGCAGAACCUCCUUGAUGAACCCUCCCAGGCUCCUCGCCCUAGUCGUUGGGAUUCCAUCAAACGCCCUGGUCGCACCAUCUUGAAACGGAAUGGCAAGGAAGGUCCCGCGAAAAAGAUACGCCCUGGCCUUAAUCUCGUGACGAACUUUGCCAAUGAUACCAAGUAUAAAAGAGACGCGGCUUCAAAACGGCGACAGUCCGUAGCUAGAGGGUUUAUCGAUCUGCAGGAUUUGAAAUUACUCCCUAUAGGAAAGGAGACUGCCAGGCAAACUCCUGAAAGCAGACUGGGAGCGAUACGAAGGAGGUCCUCAACAAAGGGAUAUGGGCAGAUCAAAGACGGCCUCGGAGAGACUGUGCGAGGCCCAAAUACGACAUCCCAUAACCAACAAUCAAAGAAGUGGCCUUUGGAUGCUUUGCGGGUUUCUCCUAGUAAAGCACAAGAUCUAUCACCUUCCGACCGCCCGAUUAUGAUUGGAUUAAGCGUUCCAUACAAGGACACUAUAGCUUCGGGAAAGACCAAAAGAGCCGGUAAUGAUAACACACCAACAAAGAUCCUUGCGAGCCCGACCAGUCAAAAAAGCUCGAAUACUACGCCAGUUACCCCGUCUAUUAUUGUCACACCUGCCAGAGACAACAACCCUUGGGAUCCUUUCAGUGGCAACCCGGAAGCCUACCGUACACGACCCGCUUCAAGUGUCUAUUCUCAACCAACCCCGCGGCUGAAGGACGGCCGUCCCAAAUCCAUCAUCCCCCCUGUACCUGCUAUUCCUACAUCCCACACGUCUGUAAAAGCCAUGGAGACUAGUGACAUAUAUGUCGACCCGGCUUCGACGCCUGCUCGAAGACACCGCGCAUUCUCCACUGGAACCGUAUUUGAAGACGAUUCGCCGUCAAAUCAACGACUCAGCCGCCCCCGAUCAUUUUCGGAGGAAAGCAAACAAGAAUUACCCAGCAGGUUCAGUGUUGAUACCAUUGCCACAAGGCGUCGAUCACAAGGAUGGUGGAAUUUCUUACUCUCUCCUCUUCUUUCCAGGUCGAACACCAUCGCCAGUAAAAUGAGUUUUAAAUCACCCCAAGACGAAACACUGCCGGCUAUUCCCCCGUUUUCCAAUGCACUAUCAGCGCAUGUUGCUGGUAAAUAUGUGGAAGUUUCUUUCUUUUCACCAGAUACACCUCUGGGCGGCGAGGAGAAAGAAAGUGUAUGGGCAUCUUCUGCAGCCACUGCAGGCAAACCUAAUGUUGGCGGUGAAGCAUUUGAUUCUGAAAUCGAUGAUGAUUAUGACGAUGAUUGCUCACAAUCAUCACCUCGUCAAGCGAUCAAUAAAACCUCCCACUUCUCUACAUUUUCUACACAAACCAUUCCGUUCAUGAUUUCGAGCCCUAGUUCAGCAGGUUUCUCACAGCAACAUUUCUACGAGUCAGCACAUGACCAAUUUACCACAAGUCGAGUUUCCCAGUUCAGUUCAUUAGCGAAUCCAUAUCCCAGGCCGUUUAGGAACGCUGAAUCCUUUUCACCUAUGUCUAAUGACAGGACUCCGACACAAAAUCAAAACUUCAAUAAUCCCUUUUUCCAGCGCUUUGCCGACAGCAUAAAAUAUGGAGAAGACUCAAGAGAACGAUCGAAUUCUGACUCGACAGUGAUCGAAGACGAACUAGAUUUCUCCACAAAUGUUCGUCAAGCGACAGUAACGCCCUUCCUCAGAGCUGCGACGGUGGGGCCAUUCCAAACUACGUCGACUAUCCGUGCCAGACCGUUGCCAACAAGGGACCAGAAGUUGCUGCCGGCGAUGCCUCCAUCAAUGUCGAUUCAACAAAAAAAAUCAGACUCGUCUCCAAGUUUAAGUCUGGGAUCAUCGACAACGCAACCUCCCCCUUACUCCCCACCUAAAAGGAUUACCCAGUUUCGGCGGUAUAGAGCUAUCCCGCCCCCAAAUUUGCAACCUCAGCCUCUAUCACCGGGACCUCUCUCGCCAGCGAGCCAGACGCAGAUGGCAUCAAGAGGUGGAAUACUGUUGUCUACCAUGCAGCAACCUCAGCCUCCUGCUGCUAUGUUUGACCCUUCAAACGAUCAUGUGCAGCGUGGUGUUCUGCCACCGUGUCUGCCAAAUAACCCUGUCCACCUGUCAGAUGUUGAAAGGCCAAUGAAUGUACGAGCACAGAACGAAUCCAGGCGUCAGAGACUAGAGCGAGAAGAUGAAAUUGGGAGAACGGUUGGAGGUCUAUGGCACGGUAGGGGCUAUUUUAGUGACCGCGGAUGUUUUGGUAGACCUGGGCGAGAAGGAAGAAAAAAACGUCGAUGGUACAUGGGUAUUGCUACUGUUUUAACCAUAAUUAUUGUUGUCAGUAUUGUGCUUGCUGUUACCCUCACAAGAAGGCGUCAUGAAGAAGCCGAACCGGCGCGUUGGCUGAACCUGACAGGCUACCCUCCCAUGCCAAUUGGAAUUUCAACCAUUGCAGGACCGGAUGCCGCUGUUGCUAACUCUGGAUGUAUACGCCCAAGGUCCAUGUGGAGCUGUGCAUUACCCAAGGAAAACCAGGAAGCAAAUAAACCCUUUGACUCCGACCAACCAAACUUUAGGUUGCAGAUAAAUUUCCGAAAUGGCAGUUUUCUCCAUAGCACAGUUCCAUCCCAGUCAACGACCGCAAAGAGAUCAAUCUUCACGUUCCUGGCCACUUUGAACCCUCUCCCGGGGCUUCUUAGUCGGCGCUCCCUACAAACCAGGGAUACCCAGUUCUCACCAAAUCCCGCCCCGCCAAGCAACCGCGAGCAGAUGUUUCUUGGGAAUACAACAGAUGGAGUUACCGCUCCCUUCGCCGGAGAAGAUACUCCAUUUUUCGCAACCUUCCUAUCGCCUGAGUCUAAAAGAGCAACCUCCCGCCAGCGACGCGCGGAUAUCCUAGGCUCAUCUGGGGACCUGAAUCUAACCUAUGUUAUUCCCCAACCGGCCCAAAACUCGGAUGGAACCUCCGCGCCUGCAAAUCUCUAUCCUCUUCCCAUCUCCCAGCCCAUUCGCCUGUAUGACCGUGGUUUUCCUACAGAGCACUACGGUUUCUAUUCUUACUACGACCGCUCGAUCUUUCUCAAAUACGACUUCCCGCUCAACUCGACUAAUACAGACGUAGCUCCAGACGAUGAGCACGGGGGCUCAACGCGAGCUGCUGCUCGUCACCGCUGCACUUGGACCCAAACCAGAUUCCUCGUGCAGUUUUGGACAAAGCCCUCCCAGAAUAAUAUGAACCUGACCCCGACACCUUCAGCCACAUCUUCCCCAGAUUCUACAACGCCUUUCCCCACGUCCACUUUGAAUUUCACACGCCCGGGGUCCUUCCCAUAUCCCAUUACCAUUGCCCUGGACAGACAUGGCGGAGAUCCAAAAUCCAAGAUGGUCUAUUGCUAUCAGCUGGAUGUGGCGCAACGGUACCUUAUGGAAUCAAAGCAGCUACAGAUAGAGCUGCGAAAUUUUGGAGGCUCGUUAAUCAAUCCAGGAAAGCUAUUUAAUGGUAUGCCUUUGGCUGGGGGUAUUGAGAAGAGGACUGUGGACAUGGAUGUUGGGGGAUUUGAUGGGGGAAAUGGGGGCUGUCGGUGCGAGUGGAGAAACUGGUUGAGAAGCAGGUGA